AUGGUUUCAGCUUCAGAAUCAAAGAUAGCUAAACAAGAUAGGGUUGGAGAGGUCUCUGGUGUAGAGACAACUGCUUUUGAGAAGAAGAGUCUUUUGGAUCCUCAUCUGUCGGUUUUGGAGCUUCUGGAGAGGACUGGUGAUACACAGCGGGUGGGCCGGGGGGUUGAAAAAGCUGAUGAUAUGGCUAAUACUACCAAUAGUAUAUCUAGCUCCUGGCAAGCGAUUCAUAGAAAUGAUGCAAUGAUUACUGGAGUUCCCGAAAGAUGCUCUUCUCAAGCUGCUGCUGUGGGUAUAUUAUCGUCAAGUGACACUUCCGAGGAAGAGAUCGACCCAGCUAGUUCUCCCAAUGUUGCACAUUUUACUCAGUUUCAUCAGUCUCAGCAACCGCCAAGAUUGCCUUUUAAGCUGGAUGUCCCUGUUAUCUUGCCGGCAAGAGAUCAGGAACCAUCCGGACAGACCCAGACCCCAGAUAAUGAUGAUGAGAGAGACGAUGAAACUUUGACAAAGAGUUUGUCCAACUCUUCAAACUCAUUUGUCAUGCCCAAGCUAUCUUUAUCUCAAAAGUCCCACAAAUUGCGCAUCUUGAUCCUUGGUAGGCCAGGCUUGAAGUUCUACCAGUCGAUUCCCAAGCGGUAUCAGCAUUUUUUCGAGCUCUCUCGAUUACAGGACCCUUCUGAGUUUAGACAGUUCACCGGUAUACUGAUCGUCUUUCAGGAGUUGAAAGAAAUGGUCUCUUUGUUGAAUCGAGUCUGUCAAUGUGCGCCUACUAGGCCAGUUAUACCAGUUUGCCAAACAGGGCAACAUCAACAAGUAAGAAAUGUUUUGGAAUCUCUUUUAAAAAGUAAAUUGAUAUCCCUACUAUAUCCACCUGUGGUAAUAUCAAACCAUUCGGAUUUGAAUAACAUGUAUAGGUUCCUACUGGAUUUAUCCAAGACCAUAUCCGACAACUCUGAGGAUGACGAAGACGAGGAAGAACGUGAGUUACUGGAUAAAAAGAUAAAGAAGUCUCAUCAACGCAAGAAGAAGAGAGCAGGCUCUUAUGAUAAGACUGAUAAGCCACGUAAGCGGAGAUCCAAAGAAACAAAAAUCAAUAAAUGGAUCGUAUGGGGGAUUUCUCUCACAGUCGGUGUGGGAGUGGGCUAUUGUAUGUCAUAUUUUGCUUCAUCGGGGUUGAUCUCCAUGAGUGCCAAAUCGAUUGCAUCCAUCAACGGAUGUCGCCCAAAUGAUAACGUUGUUGUCUUUGACGACUCAUCACUGGGAAUGGGCGAAUACGAUCACGAUUUAGAGAAUCCAUUUGCGCAUGCCCUUUACCUUCUGAAGCAGACGCUAAAGCAAUGGAAUUGGGCCAUGAAACAAUUUCUAAUGAAGCACUUACACCUUCCUGAAUCAUCCAGCUCUACUAACUAUAAGGAAUGGGGCGCAGAGGAUAAUUCUAACAGAGUCUUGGCGUUAGGUUAUAUUUUGCUUUGA